AUGCUGAUAUGUGGAUUUCCAAAUGCUCUCUCUGGUUCAAUUGUUGCCGUUCAACGGGAUCCUCGUUUGAACGAAAUCCUUUACCCCUACGCAAAUCGCCAAACUAUCCGAUAUAUUCAAGAAACAUAUGAUUCACGGGACAAAAAUAACAGUACUGAUACCGUGAGUCUGAAAGGCUUUUAUCGCUACCUAAUGUCGGAUGACAACGCUCCGGUUUUUCUCGACCGACUGGAUAUAUAUCAGGAUAUGGACCAACCGCUGUGUCACUACUACAUUAAUUCCUCGCACAACACGUACCUCAUUGGUAGACAAUUCGGUGGCAAGUCAUCUGUUGAGAUUUAUCGACAAGUUCUCCUUGCUGGGUGUCGUUGUAUCGAACUUGACUGCUGGGACGGUAAGGGUGAAGAUCAAGAACCCAUCAUCACUCAUGGAAAAGCCAUGUGUUCCGAUAUUCUAUUUAAGGUAUGCCCUCCAUUGUUUUUAAAUGAACAUUUUGACUCGAAAUGCAAUGUAGAACGAAUUCAUUGUAUUUACUGUUAUGUAAGGGAACGCUUGGUUCAUCAGCUCUAG